CGGGAAGGCUCGUGAAGCAUUCCAAAAGCUGGGGCCCGAGAUCAAGGAGUGUCUCGAGGCAUCGAACGUCCCCCUUGGCGAAACGGUUUCGUGGUCCAUCUAUAUGAUAGGCCGUGCCGAACAAACGGCCGCUCCGAAGAUUCUUAUCUGCUCAACCGACCCGAAAACUCGGAAACUCAUCCGCAAAACUAUCAAGGAGAGCAUGAUCAUGAGUCAACACCCAGGAAUCGGCUUGGGAGACGUCCCUGUUUUACCGGACAGACAAGUCAUACAGCAGCUCGCGGCGCCUGAAGCUCUUCAAGCUCUUCUCCCUGAUGGCUGUGACAUUGAAGUCGCCGUUCUGGCCGAGGAUACUAAGCCUCGCUUGGGAGCACGACUCUUUGUGGUCAAUCGCCGUGACUACUCUCUGCGUCAAAUCACGGGAGGGGCAGUCGUCCUUUUUGGCUCCCACUGCUACCAGCUGACAGUGGCUCAUGCUUUCCGAGACGCCCGCGAGACUCCGCAGUCGCCUAUUCCGCCGGAAGCCGUAAGCGACGACUGCGAUUUUGACGGCAUGAGCGACGACGACCUAAGCGACAAUGAUGACGAUGGAGUGAUGGCGACAGGUAGCGUGACUUCAGACGAGUCUGACAAGACCUCCUUUACGACGGGUCUAGAUGGAGCCCCGGCCAGCGAAACAUCGUCAGUUACAACCCUCAGAGACGUCAUAGAUUCGUCGCCAGAACCACGUUCAUCGCCCCAGCCCGAUCCGCCCGGUUCAGAUGUCCCUUAUCCAGACUUUUCGUGCCUGAAAUAUUAUGGACAGAUGGCCAACAGACUUUCCGCAAUGGAUUACGCCUUCAUUGAGCUGGCCGCAACGGACACCACAAAUGCCAACGACCUGACCCUAACGGGCCACCAGACCAUCUCUGGUUUCGGUGUGAUAGGAAAAGACGAUACUCUUGUUUUCGCAGCCAUGCCUCGUCAUGGAGUUGUUUCGGGGACGCUCAUUCCUACGCCGACCUUCAUUCGAUUUUCAGGAGAGGGCAGCUUUCAGCGUGUGUACCCCUUGCAUCUGGACAAAGUCGUGGACAACGGAGACUGUGGAACCCCAGUAAUGGACCAGAAGACGUGCGACUUGUACGGCCAAAUCGUCGCUGGCGGGACAGGUUCCAGAGUAGCUUACCUCGCCCCAGUUGGCGAUGCGUUCCAGCAUAUCGAGAAACCAUGGGCCAUACAUUUCGGCCUGCAAGCAAAGCCCUUCGGUAAUCCUACACUAGCUAGAGAGCGAGACACUGGGGAAGCAGUCACGUCUGAUCACCCCGAUGCUUCCGGUUCCACCUCGGAGCACUCAAAACUGCCAUCCACUCCAGUUGCACAUAUACAGCGUCUUUCUCCGAAUCAAUGGGAAGUACCACCAGCACCGUCACCACCUCUGCCUCGGGAGAUGCCGACGUCUGAUAUUCCCUUCGAAAGAAUGACCGAAGCCGAGGCCAGGGAAUCGCUUUCAGAGUAUUUUGUAUUCCAAUUCGAAAAGGCGAUUGAUUCCGAUCCUGGAGUGAAUAAGACCGACUCGGGUUGGUGGAACGUCCUUCGGACGGAACUUACGGAGAUGCAAAAGAGCGAAACGAUUCAACGUAUUCGUCACCUCAACAGGGAGACACCCAGUCUCACACAAAAAAGGAACACGCUGAAUCAGCCUCAGCUGAGACAACUUGACAAGGCUUCCGAGGAUCUGGCACGCGGACGAGAUCCACGAUUUUGCGUGGAGCUUGUUCAGAUUGAUCAUCAGCUCAGGCCAAAGGUUCGCCAUUUUGGCAAGAAACCCAGUCGUCACGAAUCGAACCGGGAAGGGAAAAAGACGUCAAUGGAGCGUAUCGCAUUGCUUGGUUAUUAUAGACUCUCUCCCAGGCCGGACCAAGAUGCCAUUUCCCUUCUAAACCAGCACAAGAGGCCGCCAAACAUACCAAAUACGCUACCAGUGCAGCCUCUCCCUCUAAACCAGCCACAGGUUCAGAGGCAACAUCCCCAGAAAACGCCUCUGCUCGCCCCCAAGCCGCCUCUUGUCGUGAAUUCACCUAAGCCCCAGUCACAGACAGCCUCGACGGCGCGGCUCGAAGUCAUAAAUCGCUCCGACUUUGCUUCAGACAGCGACUCGGAUUCGUCUUUUGUCAGUGAUGGGGUGUGGUCCCAAAACGAGGGGGCAUCCUCUGUGAGCACGGCGACAGAGAGUGAAUAUUCAAGUUCGUCAAGGCGGGGACACACGAGACCACAUCCACGGCAUCUUGAACCCCCAGGAGCCGCCCAUUUAUGGGCCAGGCAACGUGCACAGGGGUUUCAAUUCUCCAAGAUGACCAACGAGAUCGAGAUGUACCAGCCAACACUGUCGUCUCGUCCUGAUCAUAGGUCGUUUAUUCCACACGCACCUCGUCCACCCUCACCUCCUCCACUCACCCGCUUGUGGACGCCAGAACAGAUAGAACAACUCAAAUCCGAGUAUUUUGAGCGCGGACGAGCACAGGGCAUUGCUGAGUCUCGUGAUAGGGCGCAAGCAGGCACCGUGGAUGCGAUAUAUCGGCAUCGAGCCACGUCGCCUCAACGUACUGCCCAAAGAGAUCAGCGUCACGUCCGCUUUUCCCUCCCCAGCGAACCUGUACUUCAGGACGUCGGGUCCGAUGAGCGAAAGCUGGGAGAUUCAACGUAUCUCAAGGAUACAGACUCUGUGUGGAGAGGCGAGGCUCGAAAGCGUAAUGAAGAGGCUCUGGUGCUUGAGGAUGAGGCUUUUAACCCUUCCGAGCAUCUGCAAUCUGACUUGCAAACAUUCCAUCCGUCAAACCAGUUGAGUAAACUGGACAAGGCUGGCACGACAGUCGCUGCGCAAUCCAAAGAAGAUGCGCGCGCGUCGUCUGACUUGGUCGGUGAUGCUGCUUGAGAGCGGAACGAUAUCUAG